AUGGAAGGCAAAGAACUGUGGUGUGGCUGUGCACCAGACACUUCUUCCGUCAAGAUCGAUUCUUCGGAUAAAACGCCAGUUGCAGAGGUUGCCACUUUGAAUGGAAACGGUGCAUUGGUGAAGGCGCAGGGUGACGGUUUGCACAAGUUUGUUCCAGGCCAGGUGGCUAUGUUCAGCAUUGACACUAGUCGUACCGGUGAAAAUAUCCUUUUUGUUGGUGUUCUUACAACGAAAGGGCCAUGUGAAGAGGUGAAUGUGAAGCAUGUUGGAAAUGGCCAUUAUGCAGUCAGAUAUCUUGUGCAGGAAAAUCUCAAGGGUUUUAUAUUUAUCAAAUACGGUGAUGUGGACAUUCCGGGCUCACCCUUUGCCAUAUCAGCUUAA